CGUUUAUUUUGGAGAAGUGUUUUUAUGCGGCGGUGGGACCAACAUGGCGUUUCCGUUGGAAAAGAUGUUCAACGGUUCGGAAGAACUGGAUUUUUCCUCACAAUUUUCUCGCAUCCGUUUGCUGCGCAUCGCCCCGGCGUCGUCCUCCACCGAGUGGCAGGAACCGCGCAUCCUUCAGAACUGGACAGUCGCUAGUCCAGAUUCACUGAGGGACUUUUCGGCACUAUGUUGGGCGACGGGCCGGCGCGUGUACGAAGAUCUUCGCACAAGAUUCGACGAGAAAGCUUCGAUUGGCUUGAUUGGCGCCUACGAAGAGGCUGAUUCUACAAUACGCAGCUGGACACCUCCGGACAGUAUCGGACAGUGCCCCGGAACUGUUCCUCAGCCGGCAAACGAUUCCAUGCUGUGGAAUGCGAUGAUUGCCCCGCUGAAGAAAUUGCGGUUAACCAGUGUCAUCUGGUAUCAGGGCGAGGCAGAUGCCGCCAUCCAUCCCGACACGUAUGGCUGUUUAUUCCAAUCCAUGCUGGAUGGAUGGAGGGAGCAUUUUUACCACGAUAUCGCGUUGCCCUUCGGUAUCGUGCAGCUGGGUACGAGGAAUGCGGACACCAUACCGGGAGCCACCGCCCGGUUGCGCUGGGAACAGACAGCGGGUUUCGGGCAGGUGCCGAACACAGCGCUGUUGCGCGUCUUCAUGGCGACGGCCAUGGAUCUGCCGGACCCGGAAUCGCCGUUUGGCUCGGAGCUGCCGCGCUACAAAGAAGAGAUCGCGCAGCGCUUGCUGGCCGGCAUUGUGUCCGUCGUGUACUACCGACACAUUCCCUUUCAAGGGCCCUUCCCGCAGCGUGUGCAAUUGAGUCAGGAUAACGUUUCCGUGCACAUCGAAUAUGACGCAAAGAGUAACUUUGUUCCUGACGUUCCCAAUAAUUUUGAGGUAUGCUGCGAUCCCCUAGCACUGCCUGGGGACAGCUGGAAGGACUGCCGGGUGUGGCGCAACACCACCAGUCAGCCGGAUCGGUUAGCGGGAAACGUCGUUAUUGUGAACACACCGUGUGGCGGCGUUGCAGCCAGUUUCCUUCGUUACGCCUGGGCAGCGACCCCGUGCGGCUACAAACGCUGUCAGGUCUACGCGACGGAUUAUCUGGGUGAUGCGAGAGGACUGCCUGGACCGCCAUUUGUUCUGCCAACUAACUGGACUCGAGAUGACUGGAACGUAGCUUGA